AUGACUGAACCUGAUAUUCGUGUGGUUGCAGCUAUUGAUUUCGGUACGACAUAUUCUGGCUAUGCGUACGCUCAUAAAGCGAACCCUAAUGAAAUCUUUGCUAACACUGACUGGCAAGAGUAUGAAGGAAGAUUCAAAACUCCAACAGUUUUAAAAUACAAUGAUAAUUGGAAACUUGAAAGCUGGGGCGCUCCAGCUUUAACUGAAAGACCAAAAAGGAGAGGAAAAAAUAUUAGUAAAAAACCCGUUGAAUUGUUUAAGCUUCACCUAGGAAAGAUGGAAAACAAACCUUCACUCCCUUCCGGCCUUGAUUAUAAAACCGCUAUUACUGAUUAUUUAUGUGAGAUAACAAAAUCUCUUAAAACAACCUUAGAAUCGCGUUGGCCAAUGGUUGACUUUUAUAGCCAAAUUCCUGCGGAAUUCGAUGCUACUGCAAUAGCUACAAUGCGCAAUUGUGCGCAUAAGGCUGGCUUGGUUCAACAAAAAGACACUCCUAAUUUAUUGUUUACAACUGAACCUGAGGCAGCAGCUAUACAUUGUAUGAAAGCUUUAAGAGAACAUGAUUUGGGUGUUGGAGAUUCGUUUAUGGUGGUCGAUUGUGGUGGAGGUACUGUUGAUUUAACAACCAGAAAACUUUUAGCUGGUAAUAAAUUAAGCGAAAUAACCGAACGUGAAGGUGACUUUUGCGGUGGAAGUUUUGUAGACCAAGAAUUUAUCAAAUUUCUUGGUAGAAAAGUUGGUUCUUCAGCAAUUGAUCUAGUUAGACAAAAUCAUUAUGGACAACUUCAAUACAUGGUCCAAGAAUUUUGUAGAAAAGUUAAGGUUCCAUUUACAGGAGUCAUUAAAGAUUUCAAAUCUGUUGAGCUUGACUUGGAGGAUAUUUGCCCGAUCUUGAAACAAUAUGUAAAAGGUCAAGCUAAAGAAGAUAUGGAAGAUGCUGAAUGGGUUGUGAACAUUGAAUUUGACGAUGUUAAAGCGAUGUUUGAUCCCGUAGUCGGUAAAAUAAUUAGAUUAAUUCAUGGUCAACUAAAUAAAAGUGACGAAGAGUGUUCCGUAAUGUUUUUAGUUGGUGGAUUUAGUGAAUCUAGGUAUUUACAAUCACGCAUCAGACAGGAAUUUAAUGGAAUUGUUAAAAAUAUACCAGUUCCUCCAAAUCCAAUUGUUGCUAUUGUUAAAGGAGCUGUACAAUUUGGCUUAAAACAAGAUGUAAUUGAUGACCGAGUUCUAAAAUGGACCUAUGGAACCCGAAUUGCAAGAGAUUGGACUCCUGAUGAUCCACUAGAACGAAAGACUGGUAAACACAUCAUUGUUUUUGAGCGACUAGGUAAAAAAGGUGACAGAGUUGGCGUGGAUCAAAAGGUUCUUCGUAUUUUUGCACCUACUAGUAUUAUUCAGGAACAUGCUUGUUUAGACCUUUACGUAACAUCUAAAGAUGAUGCAGAAUACUGUGACGAACCUGAUGUCAACUUGCUCGAUAAUUUUAAUUUUCAUGUUCCGAUAACUGGUGAUGACAUACGCCCAAUUUUAUAUGUCAUGAACUUUGGAAUGGUUGAAAUUCAAACCACUGCAAUUAAUGUUGCCACUGGUGAAAAAUAUGACAAAACAUUUGAUUUCGAUAUUUAA